GAGAUAGAAUGCCGAUCUCUCGGAUCGCCAUCGGGACGACGGAGGAGGCGACGCACCCGAGCGCGCUGAAAGCCGCGCUCGCCGAGUUUAUAUGCACCUUCAUCUUUGUCUUCGCCGGCCAAGGCUCCGGCAUGGCCUACAGCAAGAUGACGAGCGGUGGGGCGGCGACGCCCACAGGACUGAUCAUGGCGGCGCUGGCGCACGCCUUCGCCCUGUUCGUGGCGGUGUCGGUGGGGGCGAACAUCUCGGGCGGGCACGUAAACCCGGCCGUGACCUUCGGUGCGUUCGUGGGCGGCAACAUCACGCUGCUGCGAGGCGUUCUCUACUGGGUGGCGCAGCUGCUCGGCUCCACCGCGGCCUGCCUCCUGCUCCACUUCGCCACCGGCGGGCUGGAGACCGGCACCUUCGGGCUGUCGUCGGGGGUGGGCGUGUGGGAGGCGCUGGUGCUGGAGGCCGUCAUGACCUUCGGCCUUGUGUACACCGUCUACGCCACCGCCGUCGACCCCAGGAGGGGUAGCCUCGGCGCCAUCGCCCCCAUCGCCAUCGGCUUCAUCGUUGGCGCCAACAUCCUGGUGGGCGGCGCCUUCGAUGGUGCCUCCAUGAACCCGGCCGUGUCCUUCGGUCCCGCGCUCGUCAGCUGGUCGUGGACCCACCAGUGGGUGUACUGGCUGGGCCCGCUCAGCGGUGGCGCCCUCGCCGGCCUCGUCUACGAGAUCUUCUUCAUCUGCAGCACCCACGAGCAGCUCGCCUCCGCCGACUACUGACGUCCACGUCGUCUUCGUCCGCUGCUUGUCCCACCUUGCUGUCUUUAGCACUGUUUCCGCAUAGGUUAAUGGUCUUUUAGUCGUCGUCUCGGACGUCGAUCCUUCCCUGCGCCCCUCCUCUUCAUCUGAAUCCAUCUGCGUACAUUCAUGGAGAGCUGUUCCUUCGGCCAUAUCUUUCGCC